AUGGGCUACAAUCUCACUGCAGAAAUGUUUAGCGAGUGGGCGAUCGGACUUGUUGUCGUGGCAGUUCGUCUGUAUGCCCGCUUUUCGGUGGAUCGAGGGAUUCUCCGCUGGGACGACGUGUGCCUUGUGCUUGGGACAAUAUUCUGGACACUGCUGGUGGUGUUCUUGUAUCUAUGUACCGCUGUCUACGGAAGCAAUAUCGGUCUCAAUGAAACAACGGCAGCCGAGGUGCCAGAUGAUGAGGUGCCAGCUUUGAGAAAGGGCUCAAUUUAUGCGCUUGCGUGGCUUGCAUAUAUCCUCAUGGUGUGGUGUUUCAAGGGAGUGCUGGUGUUCCUCUACAACCGACUCACUGUGGGGCUUUGGCAGAAUCGGAUCGCUUUAGCAGUGGCUGCUUUGACCGUUUGCACCUUUACCACCUCGCUCCUUUUCGAUCUUCUGAAUUGUCGGCCAAUCCAGAAAAAUUGGCAGGUCAAGCCAUAUGCCGGAAAUAACUGCACGGUUCGGCCCUUGAAUUACAUCGUGAUGGAAGUCUUGAGCAUCCUAACCGAUCUCUGUAUCAUGUGCGUUCCGAUUCCGUUGAUCAUCAUCGCCAAAAUUCCGACCUCGCAAAAGUGGGUUCUUUCCGGUCUAUUUUCCUCCGGCAUUUUCGUCAUGGUCGCUGCAGCCCUCCGUGCGUCCUACUCCGUGAAAGACAUCAAGACUCUCGCCACUGCCCUCGGUUGGGCCUCGCGGCAAGCUUUCGUCUCGGCCAUUAUCGUUUCAGCACCCGGCAUCAAACCCCUCCUCUCCCGCUUCGCCUGGUUCGCAUCCUAUAGCUCUUCCCGCGGGUACGACAAGAAGGAUCAGACGCGGACCACCUUCUUCAACUCCAAGAGCGGCGGCCGAGACAAUACCGUCACUAGCACCUGUGAGCCUCAGUCGUAUGAGCUCUCGUCUUUGGGCUGGAAAAGGAACAAAUGGAAUUCAUCGGGCGAGAGUCAGGAGCACAUUAUCGACUUUUUCCCACCAUCUCAACAAGGCCAUGGCUCCGACCUUGGAGGAAACACAGGCAUUAUGAUCACGACGGAUGUCACCCUGGCGCACGAAGAGAUUGCUCCGGACGAUCUGCAUGUGUCAACCACGCCGCCAUUUCACCAUUGA